UCGCGGCCCCAGGGGCGUGGCCUCUGCCCCGAGUCCCGCCCCUGCAGUCCGGAACCGCGCGCUAGCUGCGGGAAGUCGCGGAGGAGAACCUCAGAACCUUUUCUGUCACCCAUGGCCGUCGCACUCCUCACCCGGGCCUCUGGCCCUGUUCGCAGAGCUCUCCAUCCUAGAGACUGGCGGCAGUUACACACCAUUUACCAGUCUGUGGAACUGCCUGAGACACACCAGAUGUUGCGUCAGACGUGCCGGGACUUUGCGGAGAAGGAAUUAUUUCCCAUUGCAGCCCAGGUGGACAAGGAACAUCUCUUCCCAGCAGCUCAGGUGAAGAAGAUGGGCGCGCUGGGGCUUCUGGCCAUGGACGUGCCCGAGGAGCUUGGCGGUGCCGGUCUUGAUUACCUGGCCUAUGCCAUCGCCGUGGAGGAGAUCAGCCGGGGCUGCGCCUCUACCGGAGUCAUCAUGAGUGUCAACAAUUCUCUCUACCUGGGGCCCAUCUUGAAGUUUGGCUCCAAGGAGCAGAAGCAGAAGUGGAUCACGCCUUUCACCAGUGGUGACAAAAUUGGCUGCUUUGCCCUCAGCGAACCAGGGAAUGGCAGCGAUGCGGGAGCCGCUUCUACCACUGCCCGGGCCGAGGGUGACUCGUGGGUCCUGAAUGGCACCAAAGCCUGGAUCACUAAUUCCUGGGAGGCCUCGGCCGCCGUGGUCUUUGCCAGCACGGACAGAGCCCUGCAAAACAAGGGCAUCAGUGCCUUCCUGGUCCCCAUGCCAAUGCCUGGACUCACGCUGGGAAAGAAAGAGGACAAGCUGGGCAUCCGGGCCUCGUCCACGGCCAACCUCAUCUUUGAGGACUGUCGCAUCCCCAAGGACAGCAUCCUGGGGGAGCCAGGGAUGGGCUUCAAGAUAGCCAUGCAAACCCUGGACAUGGGCCGCAUCGGCAUCGCCUCUCAGGCCCUGGGCAUUGCCCAGGCCGCCCUCGAUUGUGCUGUGAACUACGCUGAGACUCGCAUGGCCUUCGGGGCACCCCUCACCAAGCUCCAGGUCAUCCAGUUCAAGUUGGCAGACAUGGCCCUGGCCCUGGAGAGUGCCCGGCUGCUGACCUGGCGUGCCGCCAUGCUGAAGGACAACAAGAAGCCCUUCAUCAAGGAGGCAGCCAUGGCAAAGCUGGCUGCAUCGGAAGCCGCAACCGCCAUCAGCCACCAGGCCAUCCAGAUCCUGGGCGGCAUGGGCUACGUGACAGAGAUGCCAGCAGAGCGGCACUACCGCGAUGCCCGCAUCACCGAGAUCUACGAGGGCACCAGCGAGAUCCAGCGGCUGGUGAUCGCCGGGCACGUGCUCAGGAGCUACCGGAGCUGAGCCCGCAGCAGGCUGGCCCAGGACUUCGGGAAGGCACGGGAGCCCAGGGCCUCCGCCCCAACCCCGAUUCAGAGGCUGGGCGGCCCAGAGGGGCUCAGCGCUGUCCACCCAGAUCAGACUGCAUGGGAAUGAGGUCCCCAGCCACCGUCGGCUCCACCUCUGGGACUUGCCACCUCCUCACCACAGUGCCUCGUGUUCUUCAUGAGUGGCCUGGCCUCUUGGGGGUGUGUUGGGGGGGGCUGAGUGACACUUGGGCACACCCCAGUUGUGCUCCUGGGGGCCUGGUGCCUGGCUUGAAGAUCCAGUGGGACAGGCCCUUGGUGGAGUCUGCCUUUUCCUUGACGUCAGGGGUCAGUAGCGGGGCUGGGGUCAGAAUGACGAGGCCCAGGGUCCUGGUGCUGGGCAGGCAGUGGGGCUGGGCCGUGGAGCUGGCCCUGAGGACCCUGAGCCCUUUGGAAAGUCUGAUGAAUGCUGGAGUCAGUGAUUGGUGCUGUGCAACUGGCUGUGGGUAAUAAACACACCUGUCCCCCA